AUGAAGAACCUUUCAGUAGUGACUCAGUUUAUCCUUCUUGGCAUCCCACACACAGAGGGUCUGGAGACCAUACUCUUUGUCCUGUUUUUGUCUUUCUACAUCUUCACCCUGGUGGGGAAUCUACUCAUACUCCUCGCAAUUACCUCCUCCACUCGGCUUCACACUCCCAUGUACUUCUUUCUCUGCGAGCUCUCUGUGUGUGACAUAUUUUUCCCUUCUGUGAGUUCUCCGAAGAUGCUAUUCUACCUUUCAGGAAAUAGCCGAGCCAUCUCCUAUGCAGACUGUGUGUCCCAGCUCUUCUUCUACCAUUUCCUGGGUGGCACUGAGUGUUUCUUAUACACUGUGAUGGCCUAUGACCGCUUUGUUGCCAUAUGCUACCCUCUGCGCUACUCAGUCAUUAUUAGCAAUAGAGUAUGUGCCUUUCUGGCUAUGGGAACAUCAAUUUUUGGCUGUAUACAUUCAACAUUUCUAACUACUCUCACCUUCCAGCUACCCUAUUGUGGCCCCAAAGAGGUGGACUAUUAUUUCUGUGAUAUCCCUGUGGUAAUGAAAUUGGCUUGUGCAGAUACAUCAGCCCUGGAGAUGGUGGGAUUCAUAAGUGUGGGUCUCAUGCCCCUUAGUUGCUUCUUCUUCAUCCUCACCUCCUACAGCUGUAUAGUCCGCUCCAUCCUACAGAUCCGCUCCACUGAGGGCAGACACAGAGCUUUCUCCACCUGUAGUGCUCACCUCACUGCCAUCUUGCUCUUUUACAUGCCAGUGAUUUUCAUAUAUCUAAGGCCAACACCAAGCCCUUGGCUGGAUGCAACUGUUCAGGUCCUAAACAACCUGGUCACCCCUAUGCUAAAUCCAUUGAUCUACAGCCUCCGGAAUAAGGAGGUAAAAUCAUCACUGUGGACUGUCCUUCACCCACGGUGCUUCAUACCUGAACAGUUGUAA